UUUCCUGAUCUGGGAACUCACUUCCAGUUCUGGUGUAGUUCGUUUUGGAAGUGGAUAACUGCUCAGAUUGCAAGAAUAACAAGAGUGCUGAGGGCCCAAUUUGUAGGAGCCAUGGAAGAGUCUUCUCAACCCACUAAACCCCUGGAGAUGAACCCUCACUCUCGCUUUAUUAUUGGCUCUGUGUCAGAGGAUAACUCAGAAGAUGAGACAAGCUCCUUGGUGAAACUUGAUCUGCUAGAGGAGAAAGAGAGGUCUUUGUCACCUGUAUCUGUCUGCUCGGAUUCCCUCUCAGAUCUGGGACUUCCUAACGCUCAAGAUGGCCUGGCAAGCCAUAUGAGGCCCAGUAUGUCUGGUUUACACCUUGUAAAGCAAGGCCGGGACAGGAAGAAAGUUGAUGUGCAGCGGGAUUUCACUGUGGCUUCUCCAGCAGAAUUUGUCACUCGUUUUGGAGGGAAUAAAGUUAUUGAAAAGGUCCUGAUAGCAAAUAAUGGCAUUGCAGCAGUGAAAUGCAUGAGGUCCAUCCGACGCUGGUCCUAUGAGAUGUUUCGAAAUGAGCGGGCAAUCAGAUUUGUUGUCAUGGUGACUCCUGAGGAUCUGAAAGCAAAUGCAGAAUAUAUUAAAAUGGCAGAUCACUACGUCCCGGUUCCGGGAGGACCGAACAACAACAACUAUGCAAAUGUGGAACUCAUUCUUGAUAUUGCUAAGCGGAUUCCAGUGCAGGCUGUGUGGGCUGGCUGGGGCCAUGCAUCUGAGAACCCUAAACUACCAGAACUUCUCCACAAAAAUGGAAUUGCUUUCAUGGGUCCUCCGAGCCAAGCGAUGUGGGCCUUAGGAGAUAAAAUCGCAUCUUCAAUAGUGGCUCAGACUGCUGGCAUCCCAACUCUUCCUUGGAGUGGCAGUGGUCUUCGAGUGGACUGGCAGGAAAAUGAUCUUCAGAAGCGCAUCUUGAAUGUUCCUCAGGAACUAUAUGAAAAAGGCUACGUGAAGGACGCAGAUGAUGGGCUGCGGGCUGCUGAAGAGGUUGGCUACCCUGUCAUGAUCAAGGCUUCUGAAGGAGGAGGAGGAAAAGGAAUUAGGAAAGUUAACAAUGCAGAUGACUUCCCCAAUCUAUUUAGACAGGUUCAGACUGAAGUCCCCGGCUCACCGAUCUUUGUGAUGAGACUGGCCAAGCAGUCCCGCCACCUGGAGGUGCAGAUCCUGGCAGACCAGUACGGCAACGCCAUCUCUCUCUUCGGCCGGGACUGCUCCGUGCAGCGCAGGCACCAGAAGAUUAUCGAGGAAGCACCUGCUUCUAUUGCGACUUCCGUGGUGUUUGAGCACAUGGAACAGUGUGCGGUGAAGCUUGCCAAGAUGGUGGGAUAUGUGAGCGCGGGCACUGUGGAAUACCUGUACAGCCAGGAUGGCAGUUUCUACUUUCUGGAGCUGAACCCCCGCCUGCAAGUGGAGCACCCCUGCACGGAGAUGGUCGCUGACGUUAAUCUGCCGGCAGCGCAGCUCCAGAUUGCCAUGGGGAUUCCCCUCCACAGGAUCAAGGAUAUCCGAGUGAUGUAUGGUGUUUCUCCAUGGGGAGAUGCCUCGAUUGAUUUUGAGAAUUCGGCCCAUGUCCCCUGUCCCCGUGGCCACGUCAUCGCUGCACGUAUCACCAGUGAGAAUCCUGAUGAGGGAUUUAAGCCCAGUUCUGGUACAGUUCAGGAGCUGAAUUUCCGCAGCAAUAAGAAUGUCUGGGGCUAUUUCAGUGUUGCUGCUGCAGGAGGGCUUCAUGAAUUUGCUGAUUCUCAGUUUGGUCACUGCUUCUCUUGGGGAGAAAAUCGUGAAGAAGCCAUCUCAAACAUGGUGGUGGCUUUGAAGGAGCUGUCCAUCCGAGGGGAUUUCCGAACCACUGUUGAGUACUUGAUUAAACUGUUGGAAACAGAAAGCUUCCAGCAGAACCGCAUUGACACUGGCUGGUUGGAUCGGCUCAUUGCUGAGAAAGUUCAGGCAGAAAGGCCUGAUACCAUGCUGGGAGUGGUGUGUGGAGCUCUGCACGUGGCUGAUGUGAGCUUCCGAAACAGUGUCUCAAACUUCCUGCACUCUCUGGAAAGGGGCCAGGUCCUGCCUGCUCAUACUCUGCUAAACACUGUGGAUGUGGAGCUCAUCUAUGAAGGACGGAAGUACGUGCUGAAGGUGACCCGGCAGUCCCCCAACUCCUAUGUGGUCAUCAUGAACAGCUCGUGUGUGGAAGUUGAUGUGCACCGGCUGAGCGACGGGGGGCUGCUCCUGUCUUAUGAUGGAAGCAGCUAUACUACCUACAUGAAAGAAGAAGUGGACAGGUAUCGCAUCACUAUCGGUAACAAGACCUGUGUGUUUGAAAAGGAGAAUGAUCCCUCCAUUCUGCGCUCACCUUCGGCUGGGAAGCUCAUCCAGUAUGUGGUGGAGGAUGGGGGACACGUGUUUGCAGGCCAGUGCUUUGCAGAAAUAGAGGUGAUGAAAAUGGUGAUGACACUAACAGCAGGAGAAUCGGGCUGCAUCCAUUAUGUCAAACGCCCAGGGGCAGUGUUGGAUCCAGGCUGUGUGAUUGCCAAGCUCCAGCUGGAUGAUCCCAGCAGGGUUCAGCAGGCUGAGCUGCACACGGGGACCUUGCCGCAGAUCCAGAGCACAGCGCUUCGAGGCGAGAAGCUCCAUCGCAUCUUCCAUUAUGUCCUAGAUAACCUGGUCAAUGUGAUGAAUGGAUUCUGCCUGCCAGAGCCCUACUUCAGCAACAAGGUGAAAGGCUGGGUUGAGCGACUGAUGAAGACUCUGAGAGAUCCAUCUUUGCCUCUGCUGGAGCUUCAGGACAUCAUGACCAGUGUUUCUGGACGGAUCCCACCCAAUGUAGAGAAGUCCAUCAAGAAGGAGAUGGCCCAGUAUGCCAGCAACAUCACGUCAGUCCUCUGCCAGUUUCCCAGCCAACAGAUUGCCAAUAUCUUGGACAGCCACGCAGCCACCCUGAACCGCAAAUCAGAGCGUGAGGUCUUCUUCAUGAACACCCAGAGCAUUGUGCAGCUUGUACAGAGGUACCGGAGUGGUAUUCGGGGUCACAUGAAAGCAGUGGUGAUGGAUCUGCUCCGUCAGUAUCUGAAGGUGGAGACUCAGUUUCAGCAUGGUCACUAUGACAAGUGCGUCUUUACCCUUCGGGAAGAGAAUAAAAGUGAUAUGAAUGCUGUGUUGAACUACAUCUUCUCACAUGCUCAGGUCACCAAGAAGAACCUGCUUGUUACGAUGCUCAUUGACCAGCUAUGUGGCCGUGACCCCACCUUGACAGAUGAGCUGAUUAAUAUUCUGACAGAGCUGACCCAGCUCAGCAAGACGACCAACGCUAAAGUGGCCCUGCGGGCGCGGCAGGUUCUCAUUGCUUCCCAUCUGCCAUCCUACGAGCUGCGUCACAACCAGGUGGAGUCCAUCUUCCUGUCCGCUAUUGACAUGUACGGACACCAGUUCUGCAUCGAGAACCUGCAGAAACUCAUUUUGUCUGAGACAUCCAUCUUUGAUGUGCUACCCAACUUUUUCUACCACAGUAACCAGGUGGUAAGAAUGGCAGCUUUGGAGGUGUACGUUCGAAGGGCCUAUAUCGCCUACGAGUUAAACAGCGUCCAGCAUCGCCAGCUGAAGGAUAACACUUGUGUGGUGGAGUUCCAGUUCAUGCUGCCUACCUCCCAUCCAAACAGAGGGAACAUCCCCACGCUAAACAGAAUGUCCUUCUCUUCCAACCUCAAUCACUACGGGAUGGUCCAUGUAGCUAGCGUGAGUGAUGUACUGCUAGACAAUUCCUUCACUCCGCCGUGCCAGCGGAUGGGUGGAAUGGUCUCCUUCCGCACAUUUGAAGAUUUUGUCAGAAUCUUUGAUGAAGUGAUGGGUUGCUUCUGCGACUCUCCUCCCCAGAGCCCAACCUUCCCCGAAGCUGGCCAUGCUUCCUUGUAUGAUGAAGACAAGACUGCCCGCGAGGAGCCCAUUCACAUUCUUAAUGUUGCUAUUAAAACAGACAGUGAUGUUGAUGAUGAUGGACUGGCAGCCAUGUUCAGAGAGUUCACGCAAAGCAAGAAAUCAGUCCUGAUUGAACAUGGGAUUCGGAGGCUGACUUUCCUUGUAGCACAAAAGGACUUCAGGAAACAGGUCAACUAUGAGGUGGAUCAGAGAUUUCAUAGGGAAUUUCCAAAGUUCUUCACGUUCCGUGCCCGGGAUAAGUUUGAGGAAGACAGGAUUUACCGUCACCUGGAGCCAGCUCUGGCUUUUCAGCUAGAGCUGAACCGAAUGCGAAACUUCGAUCUCACUGCCAUUCCAUGUGCCAAUCACAAAAUGCAUCUCUACCUGGGAGCAGCUAAAGUGGAAGUGGGCACAGAGGUGACAGACUACAGGUUCUUCGUGAGGGCCAUUAUAAGGCACUCAGAUCUGGUUACCAAGGAAGCCUCCUUUGAGUACCUGCAAAAUGAGGGAGAACGAUUGCUUCUGGAAGCCAUGGACGAGUUGGAGGUGGCGUUUAAUAACACCAACGUGCGCACUGACUGCAAUCACAUCUUCUUAAAUUUCGUGCCUACUGUCAUCAUGGACCCGUCUAAGAUCGAAGAAUCCGUGCGGAGCAUGGUGAUGCGCUACGGGAGUCGCCUGUGGAAGCUGCGCGUCCUCCAAGCCGAGCUGAAGAUCAACAUCCGUUUGACACCGACCGGGAAGGCGAUUCCCAUUCGGCUCUUCCUGACCAACGAGUCGGGCUAUUAUUUGGACAUCAGCCUGUACAAGGAAGUGACAGACUCCAGAACAGCACAGAUUAUGUUCCAGGCAUAUGGGGAUAAACAGGGGCUUCAUGGGAUGCUGAUCAAUACCCCGUAUGUGACCAAAGACCUGCUGCAGUCCAAGAGAUUCCAGGCACAGUCUUUAGGAACAUCCUAUGUCUAUGACAUUCCCGAGAUGUUUCGGCAGUCUUUGAUUAAACUCUGGGAUUCUAUGAAUGAACAUGCAUUCCUGCCCACGCCGCCGCUGCCUUCCGACAUACUAACGUACACUGAAUUGGUGCUGGAUGAUCAGGGCCAGCUCGUGCACAUGAACAGGCUGCCAGGAGGAAAUGAGAUUGGGAUGGUGGCUUGGAAGAUGACUCUGAAGACCCCCGAGUACCCAGAGGGCCGGGAUAUCAUUGUCAUUGGCAAUGACAUUACAUACCGAAUCGGUUCCUUUGGGCCUCAAGAGGAUGUGCUGUUCCUCAGGGCUUCAGAGCUUGCUCGAACACAUGGCAUCCCCCGUAUCUAUGUGGCUGCCAACAGUGGAGCCAGGAUUGGUUUGGCUGAGGAGAUUCGGCACAUGUUCCAUGUAGCUUGGGAAGACCCAGAUGACCCAUACAAGGGAUACAAAUACUUGUACCUGACUCCUCAAGACUAUAAGAAAGUCAGUGCCCUGAACUCAGUUCACUGUGAACAUGUGGAGGACAACGGAGAGUCCAGGUAUAAGAUAACAGAUAUUAUCGGAAAGGAAGACGGACUUGGAAUAGAGAACCUCAGAGGAUCUGGCAUGAUUGCUGGAGAAUCAUCUUUAGCCUAUGAGAGUAUUAUCACCAUCAACUUGGUUACAUGUCGGGCAAUUGGAAUUGGGGCUUACCUUGUUCGGCUAGGUCAGAGGACUAUCCAGGUUGAGAACUCUCAUAUAAUCCUGACUGGCUGUGGAGCUCUCAACAAAGUGCUUGGACGGGAAGUUUAUACCUCCAACAACCAGCUGGGCGGGAUCCAGAUAAUGCACAACAACGGAGUGACGCACAGCACCGUGUGUGAUGAUUUUGAAGGAGUCUACACUAUUCUGCAGUGGCUUUCCUACAUGCCAAAGAGUGUAUACAGCCCUGUUCCUAUCCUCAAAGUCAAGGAUCCUAUAGACAGAACCAUAGAGUUUGUUCCGACCAAGACUCCCUACGAUCCUCGCUGGAUGCUGACUGGACGCCCAAACCCAAGUCAAAAAGGACAGUGGCUAAGUGGUUUCUUUGAUAAUGGCUCGUUCCUGGAGAUCAUGCAGCCCUGGGCGCAGACAGUGGUGGUCGGUAGAGCAAGGCUGGGAGGAAUACCUGUAGGAGUAGUUGCCGUAGAAACAAGAACGGUGGAGCUCAGCAUCCCUGCUGAUCCUGCAAACCUGGACUCUGAGGCCAAGAUAAUCCAGCAGGCUGGUCAGGUGUGGUUCCCUGACUCUGCCUUUAAGACUGCUCAGGCUAUUAACGACUUCAACAGAGAAGGGCUGCCUCUGAUGGUCUUUGCUAACUGGAGAGGCUUCUCUGGCGGAAUGAAAGACAUGUAUGACCAAGUGCUCAAGUUUGGUGCCUACAUUGUGGACGGCCUGAGAGAGUAUCGUCAACCCGUGCUUAUUUACAUCCCACCGCAGGCGGAGCUGAGGGGAGGGUCCUGGGCAGUGAUUGACCCCACCAUUAAUCCCCGUCACAUGGAGAUGUACGCGGACCGCGAGAGCAGAGGAGGAAUCCUGGAACCGGAGGGGACGGUAGAAAUCAAAUUCCGCAGGAAGGAUCUGGUGAAGACGAUGAGGCGAGUGGACCCCAUCUACAUCCGCCUGGCGGAGCGGCUGGGUACCCCCGAGCUGAGCCCUGCUGACCGAAAAGAGCUGGAGACCAAGCUCAAGGAGCGGGAGGAAUUCCUGAGUCCCAUUUACCACCAGGUAGCCAUGCAGUUUGCUGACUUGCACGACACGCCGGGGCGGAUGCAGGAGAAGGGUGUCAUAACUGACAUUCUAGACUGGAAAACUUCCCGUACCUUCUUCUACUGGAGAUUAAGACGUCUUCUUCUAGAAGAUGUGGUAAAAAAGAAGAUCCAUGAUGCCAAUCCUGAGCUGACGGACGGGCAGAUCCAGGCUAUGCUGAGACGCUGGUUUGUGGAAGUGGAAGGGACAGUGAAGGCCUACCUGUGGGACAGCAACAAGGACCUGGUGGAGUGGCUGGAGAAACAGCUGACGGAGGAAGAAGGCAUUCGCUCGGUUGUGGAUGAAAACAUCAAAUACAUCUCGAGGGACUACAUCCUCAAACAGAUCCGGAGCCUGGUCCAGGCCAAUCCCGAGGUUGCCAUGGAUUCCAUCGUGCACAUGACCCAGCAUAUAUCACCCACCCAGCGAGCCGAGAUCGUGCGGAUCCUCUCCACAAUGGACUCGCCUUCUUCAACGUAAGAGCAUCGAUCUCCCACAUUCCCCCCUGCCCGGUACAGUGGAGGGGUGAAAAAAAAAAAAAAAGGAAAAAAAAAAAAGAAAAAAGCUCAGAAUUGCCCUUUGUCUGCUCGACUGUGACCACUGUACCGAGACCGGGAGGCUCAGGGAAACGCUGGAAGAGUGACAUUUUUAUUUUUUCAAAUCAGACUGACCAGAGGAAGUGUGCUCUUUGGCCAGAGACACGAGGAAAAUGUAUAAACACAAGCGCCUGCGGAACUGAGUUACAGCUGUCUAACUGUACCUUAUUUAUUUAACAAAGCGUGACUGGACCAACGCACCGGUCGGCUGCUCGGAAGCGCUACAGCCAGGCAAUGACGGGUGCUGCGGCACCGUGAGGUCUCGGCGUCGCAAAGCAGGGGCUCCUUUAAAUUCCACCCCUGCGCCCCCACCUGCUUCCCCGCCCGCUCCCAGCAGCUCUGUGCUGACGAGUGCCAACGUCACGCCCUGCGAGAGCGUUGCCGAGGACGGGCGCUGCCUCCCAGGAGCAGGUGGGAGCCCAAGAUCCUCCCGCCUGGCAGCCUGUGGUUGAGGGGAGCCCGUGGCUGGGCUCUGUAUUUCAAACCUCACUUGGUAAUAGAGGAAAAACAAUCCAGGAUUUAGGCUGGGGUGGCCAGGGCUGGCCCCACGCCGGCGGUGGGGGAGGCUCCCGGGCGUCCCAGGACUGUGGAGGUGUUGGGGCGGGGUUUUGGAGGCUGAAUCCCACCCGCUUUGCCUCGGUGCCCAGUUCCUUUAGAGCGGGUCGGCAACGCGUGCGAGAGGCCCUUCGAGGAGGAGGUGAAAGAGGAGACCAGACCGCGGCUGCUGGGUCAGUUCUGCACCUCCUUCCCUACUCUGUUUGGAGGGAUGACAGACAUGGGCAGCCCCCACUGUGCCAUAAACUUCCCGUGAGCAGGUGCCUGGAGCAGGACGGAGCCGCAGCCUGGCAGGGUACGGGCAGGGAAAGGGCAGAGUCAGAUACACCAGCGGGGUUAGAACGGCGGCAGGACCUUGCCCAACGCCUCCCAGCAAAGCUUUUCUCCGUCACCCAGUGCUGGCUCGAGCGGAGCUGCCUGCGCUUGGCUGGGGAAGGCACCACCGUUCCUGGCCUGGGAAGACGGAAAUAGAAGUUAUUUUGGGUGAUCCCGUUCCAAUGGUCCCUUUUUGAAGCCGGUCGGGACUAAAACCCGCUCCAUGGGAGGGGGGCGCAGCGCCGGCCCUGAGCCAGGCCUGAGCUGUCACCACCAGCUGACCCCGGCCCAGUCUCUGGCUUAUUUCUAAGCUUUUUUAUUUUCAUGGGCCUCCUGACAGUACUAAAAAAUCAGAGAAGCUGGAGGGAGGCACGGUCAACCCCCAGUACACAGGUACUGUUACAGAAGUUGGUCUAAGCAGAGCUGGAGGGCUCACACCAAUGAUUGUCUUAAAAGUAUUUCAGAUUUCACAAUUCCUCUUGCAGUACAGCAGGAAUGGGAUGUGUUUACGAGAAUGAAUUAACGAUGCUGCCAGUGCCUCACCCCCUUCUCUGUGUGCGGUGCCAGAGCUCCUGGAACACCCCGGGGUGCAGCGUGGGGGCUCACUGCUCCUCCCGGGGGGGCGUGCAGCAGCGGCGCAGACCUGUGGCACCUGAAGGACUAGCUUUUUCUUAAUAGUUAAGAACCCUAAUUUGAUUUAAAAGACAUUUUUGUUUUGCCUCUGGAACAACCCCCAAAGAUGGUUUUAACUUUGCCACCGUGGGCUGCAGCAGGACGGAGGAUGGCUCGGCCUGGCAGCGCCGCACGUUGGGCUCCUGUCACCAGGGUUUCCUGGGUGCUGGUGUCCCCACAAGUCCCUUUUCCAGGGCGUCCGCGGGUGCUCCGGGACCCUGCUGGGCCAGGAGCUGUCGCUGCGUCAGCGUUCCAGGCGCCGAGCCAGGCUCCGCUUCACCCGGGGGUAAAGCAGCUCCA